GUCCUCAGCGGGUGAAGAGGAGGAAGAAGGCAGCCUGGGAGCGCGCGAGGCCUCACGUCUGCGCGCCCACGCACCCACACACCCGCCCGCACUCCCGGGAAGUCUCGCGAUGCUAUAGCCGGCUGCUCCCGCUGCGAGUGGCUCUGGCUGUUGCUGUGGUUGCCCGAGUUGGUGCUGCUGCUGGUGCGGCGGCGGUGCUGGUGGAGGUGUCGGCCCUUGGGCGGAUGUUGACAUUGUGUUGUUGUUACUGCUGACGGUAAUGGCGGCGUCGGCGAGGGCCGAGAUCCCGUCUCCUCUGUAGCCUGUGUUGAGACAGCCAAGAGCCAACUCCGGGGCCUCUGAGCCCGCAGCAGCGACUCCGUUCAGCCUCCGCUGCCUCGUCGCCCAUCUCCCGGCCACAGUCCCUGGAGCCAGGGCCCUUUGGGCAGGGGUCUCGGAGGUUCAGGAUGGCGGAUUUCGACGAGAUCUAUGAGGAGGAGGAGGACGAGGAGCGGGCCCUGGAGGAGCAGUUGCUCAAGUACUCGCCGGACCCGGUGGUGGUCCGCGGCUCCGGGCAUGUCACCGUAUUUGGACUAAGCAACAAGUUUGAAUCAGAAUUCCCUUCUUCAUUAACUGGAAAAGUAGCUCCUGAAGAAUUUAAAGCCAGCAUCAACAGAGUUAACAGUUGUCUUAAGAAGAACCUUCCUGUUAAUGUACGUUGGCUCCUUUGUGGCUGCCUUUGUUGCUGCUGCACAUUAGGUUGCAGUAUGUGGCCAGUUAUUUGUCUCAGUAAAAGAACACGAAGAUCGAUUGAGAAGUUAUUAGAAUGGGAAAACAAUAGGUUAUACCACAAGCUGUGCUUGCACUGGAGACUGAGCAAAAGGAAAUGUGAAACGAAUAACAUGAUGGAAUAUGUCAUCCUGAUAGAAUUUUUACCAAAGACACCGAUUUUUCGACCAGAUUAGCAUUUACUUUAUUUAUAGAGACUUUCCAAGUAUGUUGUCUUUCCAAUGGUGCCUUGCUUGGUGCUCUUCUGGUGGUGACAUAACAUUGGUUCUACAGAAUCGUGUGGUGUUUUCUGUUUUUUUUUUUUUUUAAAUAACCGCAUGUUCUAAGUGUGCAUUUUUGUCAAACUUUGCAACAGUUAUUUCAUACAGAUGUUUAAUACUUAAGUUAUUGUGCUCUUUUCUGUUAUGUAUUCUGAUUUUCAAGGAUUACUUUUUUGUAAUAUCAAACAAAAUACAUUUGAACUUAGCAUAAAAAGUGGCCAGCCUUUUAUUUAUCAUCAAGGUACACACAGUUCUUUAUUUAUUAAUUCCUUAAUGUAGAAAAACACCUUUGUAAGACUCUAUCAAUUCUAGAAAGCACACUCUUUGUAUUAUUUUACUUCCCUUUUAAAUUUAACAUAGUUAUUUUAAAUUAGUAAGUAUUCUUUAAUAGUUUUUUAGAAUUUAACAUAUCGUUUCACAUACACUUUCUAAUGCUUUGUUUACAGCAGAAAUAUCUGUAACAGUACAAAGACCUAUAAAAAAGUUUUGAAAGGAUUUCUGUCUUCAAAAGUAGCAAGGCAGGACUAAAUUAUUUUUAUUAGAAUAGACAAAUCAGUGAAUGGUAUGCAUGCAUCUAAUGUUUACUAGAGCUCAGGAUCAUAAAAUAUAGUAGCAUUACAAUCUGUAUAUUUUUUAUCAAGAUGAUAAUAAUGGCCUUAUUUGGGUUAUUUUUUAUUGUUUGUCAAAUCUUAUAUACAAAAGUAUGGAAAUACUCCUUUAAAAAAUUUCUAAGAAAAAUAGUUGUCCCAAUCUAACACAGUCGUAGAAAACUUCUCUAAAAGGCUUUUGAAAGAAGGUAGAAAUUCUAGAAUUAAAAGCAAUCUGGUAUUUAAUACCCUGUUUAUAUUUAGAACAGAUUAUUAGAAACGGCAGACAUGCUCAGUACUGUUUCUGUCUGUGGGUUCGCUUUCGGUCCAGUUAUGUGUCCUGUUUUGAUCGCGAGUGUGACAUUUAGAGUUGAACCAGAUCAGCUUGUUUCUUUUAAAUACAUACAGACAUACUUAUUUUCUUUCUCCUUUUGGUUGUACAUUUGUCCAUGCAUUUUAAAUCUUCCUGAAUGGCUUAUGUGUAAAUUUUUGUUUUUAUAAACCUGAAAUUAUACAAAUUUUAAUGUGUCAAGAACUUGUUCCGUACAGCUGUGGUAUCAAGCAAUAAUGUGAAUAACUUUUGAAAUUAUAUAAACUAUGCUUAAUAAUUUGUAUUAAGAAUUGGUACCACUAUAUACAAUACCUUUUCCCUUGUAUUAAAUCUUUUAAAUACCAGUUUCAUUAGUUUAUAUACCUGUAUUUUUUAAAAAGUGUUUCUUUGUACUUCUCCACCAAAGUAUUGUAACUCUAUAUAAAUUUGAAUAGUUGAAUGCCAGUAUUUUAUAUCCUAGAUCCUAUACCAGACAUUAGGAACUAUCUUAAAACCCAGAAUUUUUUAUUAGUUAUUUGUUUCCAUUGUCCCCUAAAAUACUUAACAGCUUGAAUUUGUAAAACACUCUUCCUCUGAAGAGCUCCAA